AUGGUCUGGUCGGGAUACUUGAACCCGUCAAUUGCAGUUGUCGAAGCCAUCGACAAACACUCGGCACAGGAAGAACGAGCAAUGAUCGCUAGAACGGAACCGUUUCUGGGUGGAUGGAGGAACAGGCUGACAGGAACCGUCUACUGCAACGCGUGCACGCAAACUAGGAUAAACAGACAGGACGUAAGCGAGAGGACCACGCAGACCGAAUUCUCGACAGACAAAUGCACGGACACGCCGUGCAACGUCACGGUUCAAGCGAAUUCGUUUCCUGACAAGAGAGACAGACUCCUGGAAGCCACGAGCUUUAAGGAUCCCCGAAACGAGAAGAUCCUGGAGAGUGUCGUAAAGAUACAGAGGUUUUACAGAGCUCACCGCUACAGGUUCACCGCGAUCCGGCCACUCGGCGAUAAGGACACGGCCAAGCAGGAAAUACCAUUGGAGCCGAUGUCCUACCGUAGCCAGGAUUUCGCCAUACUAAACCGCACGUCCCCGAGAACGAGGACGGACUUCGAGUUGCUCUACAAUCUCCUGGAUCGUUGGCGUAUCCGUGAAACGGAGAGGGCGAGACAACGACACUCGGAUCCAGCUAGAACCGCGUUCUGCAGACUGAUCCUGUCGAAAGAGAUCGAGCUCCUGCGAGGCAUAGACUCUCUAAAGACAGGCCUGCAGCUUAAAAGCAAGAACAAGGUCUACCGGAAGUUCCUGGACGACCUUUCCAAGCCGAUAGUUUGGAGAACCGGCCACGGUGAACCGAUUCUGGUGGAGACUCCACGCGUGCAGCGUGCACGACGCUUCAGGGACGCGUUCGAGGCGCUGUCGAACGAGGAUGGACCGAUCGGUGAACGCGUCGGGACGCUGCGUCGGCUCAGAAACGUCGUCGAGGCUCACACGUGCAAACCGUCGGACGAUCUUGUGCGCUUGCUCGACCAGGAGAUCGAUCUUCUGGGGCGCGACGUCGACGAGAGUAAAUUAAACUGGCUGAGAAAUCGACUGAAGAUCGCCUUUCUGAUAUUCGCGAGGGAAGCGCUGGGAAACGACUCGGAGGGGGCGAGGCUGAUCGGUCGUAAAACGAUCUGCGCCAGCUGCGGCAGAUUACUAUCCGCGGAUAACUUUUCCUGGGUGAAACGACGCCGAGCGGCCUCCUGCAAUUAUUGCCAGGACGCGAGGACUCGAUCCGGUCCCCGUGUCGUCUACGGGCCCUACGAUAAGAUGCUUCGCGAUCUGAGACGCAGCGAGGCUGGAAAUCGUUGCUACGCCAGCCUGGCCUUCGUCGUCGACGCCAAGAUCGUUCACCGUUUGGUGAACGACGUGUGGCACGGUAAAUCGGCCAUUUCCCAGCGCGAUCGACUCGACGAGCUGAGACUCGUGAGGCUUCGCAGGAACGUACAGUGGUCGCCGUGGAACUGUCUUCUCCUGACCGCGAACGAGGCCUCCGUGCACACCAGGAUCGACGAUCUCGACGAGUUCUACGGGCCAAUGAUGCUGCACAAGUUUCACACCAGGAAUCUCCAAGCCAAACUUCUCUUCGAGUCUGUGGCUGGGAUCCAAAAAAUGUAUCCUUGUUCAUAA